AGACCUUUGUUCAUAUUUUUUAUGAAAUCUGAGAGCCCUUAGACCCUGCGCAGCUUACACGUUGGCACUAUCCAAGCCUUUUGUUAAUAAAAAAUAAAUAAAUAAAAAUAAACUUAUUAUUCUGUCCUUCAAUACAGGGAAGCAAAAGUGCAAACUUUUAAACCAUCAAUUGCCUAUUUAUUAAGGAAGUGACUUGAUCUUACUCAUUACUUCUACAAAGUGAUAAACUGAUUGUGGACACACACACACACACGUUUGUUUUUGUGAAAAGUGGGUUCAUCCCAUACGCGUAAUGGUUUUUAUACUGUACAAACUGUAUAUUCUAUGGCCCUUCACCAACCCGACACCUAACUCUAACCCUCACAGGAAACUUUGUGCAUUUUUACUUUCUCAAAACAACUCAUUCUGUAUGAUUUAUACGUGUUUUGAAAAAUGGGGACAUGGGUUAUAUCUAGGGAUGGGUAUCGUUAAGGUAUUAACGGUAUUACUACUCUUACCGAUACUGAUUAACGGUCCGGUACUCUUAUCGAUACUUUGAAAUUGUGUUAGGCAGUUGAAAACUUUGCAUUUCUCUGUCUGCACAUAAUGCACUUUUGAAAGAUGCUUUGACAGAUUGCUUGUGUUUCCGCCCUUACAUGCAAAAAUGUUGUUGCACUUGUGACAACCAGCAUUGUCAGCAUCAACUCUAGUGAAGUAUAACCACACUUUGGAACGUUUUGCUGUCUCCGCCAUCGUCACUCUUUGUAUUAAGCAGGAGUUUUCGUACUGUAAGGGGCCGUUCACAUAUUGCGUCUAAAAACACGUGGAAAACUCUAGGCACGCCACUCUCUGAUUUAUUCCCCCAAAGCCUUCGGGUACUUGCGCUCCUGAGGAGUCUGCCAUUGCUAAGCAACCAUGACCUGCUCUCUCCACGAAGACGCAAAAAUUUUAGCAAUGGAUAAAUGGAUUUGCAGCACUAAAAACUGAGACAUAAAUAGCCAUUUCUAACAAUUUUUCUGAGAAUUGCGAAUUUAUAUCUCACAAUUCUGGCUUUAUAUCAAGAAAAUGUCAGCUUUAAAAUCAGAUUGUGAGAUGUACUGUAUAUAUACUAUAUAUAUGUGAUAUAUACAGUACAGACCAAAAGUUUGGAAACAUUACUAUUUUUAAUGUUUUAGAAAGAAGCUUGCAGUACUGCUACUAAAUUAAUAAAAAAAUCCACAUACAGCUAUCAGCUGUUUCUUCAUCUUGGCUGAGCUUUCAACGUUGUUAUGGAAAAAGUGAGGAAGCUACAUGACCAGCGGUGCGCUUACGGCAUUCGGAAAAGUUGAGAUGUUUUUAACUCGAUGCGGUGCGGGGACGCGCCUGGAUAAAAACCAGUUAAUCGCACCGCGUGCGCGUCGCUCCGCUUCCAUUAUGAGCGCGCAUACCGCACGCCUACAUUUGAAAUAACGAACUUGAGCGGGCAAACUACGUGAUAUGUGAACGGCCCCUGCGUGUGUGUGCGCCGCGCUCGUUCUUGGUGUGUGUGUGUGUGACUGACAGCCUCUGCGCCGCGCAUGAGAGAUCUCGCAGAUCUCACAGACAAACGUCUUAAUAAUAUUGCAAUUUAAGAUAAAAUGUGCACGAUAAAAUUAUAAAGCAAAUCUCUUCGCCAUCGUCACUCUUUAUUAAGCGGGAGUUUUCAUAUCUGUGCGGGCGCCGGGCUCGUUGUGGUGUGUGUUGUGUGUGUGUGUGUGUGUGACUGACAGCCUCCGCGGCGCGCAUGACAGACCUCGCAGAUCUCACAGACAAACGUCUUAAUAUGAUCGCACAUUAGAAAUGUUUGGUGAGAUAAAAUGUGCACGAUAACAUUAUUAAACAAAAUACAUAGUACAUAAAUUUUUUCCCCUCCAGUACCGAAAGCAGAACCGGUACUGUCAGAUCUUACUGAUACUACGGUCUUUCAUAAUUUAGCCCCGGGGCCAUUUUAAUACUGGGUUUCGGUACCCAUCCCUAGUUAUGUCCUCAUAAGUCCUCCUCUCCUUGUAAUCCCUGUGUCAAACCCAUGUCAUUAUAAAGCUUUGUGUCCUGAUAUGUCACAAAAACAAGAACACACAUAUGUGUGUGUAUGUGUGCGCGCGCACAGGAGUGCAGCAUAACUCAAGAUACGCUGUGCCAGAUCCAGCUUGUAUGUUUGCAAUAAGUGUGAGUCAGACAGCAAAAUGAGAUGGCAAAGAAUUGUUUUCUGCUACUUAUUUCACUUAACUCUUUUUAAUGUCAAGCAAUUAUCUGCUCUAUGCGUCAAACUAAAACUGAUCUUUUUUAACGUUUUGAUUUAAGUAGCCUAUUAUUAAUAUCAUUCAGAUAUCGAUAUUUCGAUAAUUCCGAUAUAUCGUGCAGCCCUACUCGUCAGUGCCUAUUUGUUCACAUCUGUUUCUUGAAAUCUUGCUCAUCGCCAUCACCCCAAGCAUCAAGCUUGUGCAGCGCCUCCGCAACCGCAGAAAUAGAACAGCAGGGGUUGAACGAACAUCUCUUCUUCCUCAGAAAGAGCGAGCCCAGAGUGCAACUUACUUAUUUUCAAACAAAGAUAUCACGGAUACAACAAUAGACAAAGGCAGCAAAGCGGUCCUCCUACCUGUUUCCUCGUGAGUCCAUGUAACAUGCAUCCAUACAUACUGGAAAACUCAUUGUGUCCGCCUCAGAGGAGUAAACUGCUCUAUGUAAAAAGAUGGCUUAGAACACAAUAAUCGCUUUCCGAUGGGCAACAGAUGAUUUGCUUCCUGAUGGAAUUAAAAUCUGAUGAAAUAGCACUCAGCACGCAUAUAUGAGCAGUGCUAAGCGCUAUUGCCCAAUAUAUUGGUGUAAUGGUAUAAGGGCUUCAGACAUUCGUCACACCGGAGGUCUUUCCAAAGCGAUGAUGUAAUCGCAGCAUUGAAGUGAACCUAUGAAUGGGAAACGUGGACUUGGCAACACUGAGUCUAUGGAGGUGACGUAUUUCCUGUUCGAGAGCUGCAGACACACUCGAGACGAGCCCUGGAAUUUGGAUUUACAAAUCCUUGGAAACUUUAGGAACAAUAUUUUAACGAAUAUUUGAAGAACAAUGGCAUCCCAGAAGCAAUUACCAGUUGCGGUGCCAGUUCCAGCAGUACCUAGAAAGACAGACCCCCUUAUACAAUGCAUCAUAGAAAACAAAUUAAAGAGGCUUUCCAAAUUAAUAAGAAGCAGAGAUAUUAAUGGACUGUACACUUCUGAGCUCUGGAAUGAUGAUGUUACUCCAUUAACUGCCGCAGUUUUGUGCAGAAAUGAAGAAAUCUGCUCUUAUCUGUAUAAAGAGUCGGCUGAUCCAAACAAACCCUCAACAAAUGGACUAACUCCUCUACAUUAUGCUGCAAUAACUGGAGUUCCACUGAGUAUUGUGACACAAAUACUUCAGGCAAAAGCUGACCCAAAUGGACAUGGAUUACAUGUCUUAACUCCACUGCAGUAUGCUGCCUUUAUUGACCGUGAAGACAUUGUGAAAACACUAAUAGAGGCUGGAGCAUCAGCUUCUAGUAAGUAUGGGACUAAUCCAGAGAUAGAUGUAAAAAUGCAGGGUAUGAUCAGUCAACUAUCCUUACAAAGUGAAUCUUUUCAAAAUGUUGAGCUAUUUUUCUCUUUAUCCUGUGCAAUACAUGAUAGAGAGCAGGCAGAAGUUUUCAAAAUCUUUAAGGAACAUUUCUUUGAAGAGGAUCCUUUCAUUCAUACAGUUCUGUUUGAGGUGUAUUUUGGUGUCAUUGGUCCAAGUGAAGAGCAGUAUCGUCAGAGCGCCAUCAAGUGGCUAAAAGAUAAAAGGAAGGCAGAAAUAUACACUGAGGGAGUGAUCAAACGCUUCCCAAAAAUCCCCCAGGAACACUGGCCACUUGCACUAAACGGUUUAUAUGCUGCUUUAUGUAUCAGCAAAAGAAUCUCUCCUCAGGUAUUCAGUGAUGUUGUGCCAGUUCUAACAAACAGUCUUCAGCACUUUGGAAAUGCACAAGGAGAAACAAUCAAUCAUCUGAUUCUAAAGAUACUCAAUGUCAUGAUGGAGAAGACAUCUGAGCAGAAACUGAGAUUAAAUCAUUCUGUCUACAAGAAGUUAUGCAAUUGUCUAGUGCCUCUCACAUGUCCUGAUUAUUCAAGUCUGAUUGGUAUGUGGACGUACAGUUUUUUCGCCAACAUAAAUGACAUCGCUCCUGAACUUGUUGCAUCGUGUGGAUUGUCUUCAGUCCCAGAGAGGAUACUUAAUACUGCAGCAAUAGAGAAUGAAGCUAUGAACAAAAAGCUACAAAAACUGAACAUAUCACUCAAACAUCCUUCAGGAACAGGAGAUGGUUUAUGUGAGGAGACUGCAGCUCUUUCAAAGAGCAGGAAAAAGAAAAAGAAGAAAAUCCAGCAAGAGGUGGGAUCACAAAAAAAUGAGCUGCAAGGUAAAGAGGAACCACAUCCAGAUGCUGUAGUGACAUCCAUUGAGGAAUCAAAUUCAAUUGUGCAGCCUGCUGAGAGUCCAAAUAUCUCAAGAAGGUGGCUUCAGACUAGCUGUCGUUGGGGGUCUAAGCUUGAGAAACUAGCUAACAUUGAUCCUAGCAGAACAUACAGACUGGGAAACCUUACUCUUGUGCUCAGUGAUGAAUUUCAGAUUGCUAAGGGAAGUGAUGGAACAGAAGUUUUCCUUGGUUUGAGGGAUGACGGCACUGAGGUGGCUGUGAAACGUAUGAUUAAGUCUAACUACCAAGCUCUCAGGAAUGAGGAGGAAUUUCUCCGACUUCCACAACUUGACAAUCCCUCUAUUGUAAGAUAUGUGGACUUUGCAGAGGAUGCACAUUUUGGAUACCUUGUUCUUCAGCUUUGUGAGUACACACUGGAGGAAUAUAUCCAAGAUCAUUUACCAGAUGAAAGCACUGAGAGAUCUUUGGUUCUGAAGAAACUGGUGAAGGAAGUUCUCUGCAGCUUACAGGUUUUACACGAUCAGAAAACCAAAGUGCUCCAUCGAGACAUUAAACCCCAGAAUGUCCUGAUUGACAUACAUGGAAAAGCCAGAUUGGCUGAUUUUGGCAUAAGUCGCCGACUGAAACAGAGUGAAACCACUUUACGAACAAGCAUUGCUGGAACUAGAUGCUGGAAGGCAAAGGAGACCAUAGAUGAGGAGGCCAACACUGGAUACAAGAGGAGCUCCGACAUUCAGGUUGCUGGGAUGUUAGUCUACUACAUUCUCUCUAGAGGACACCAUCCAUUUGGUAAAGGUGCUGCUUGUGAGUACAACAUUUUACGAGGAAGAUACUCUCUGGAUCAUGUGGAUGAUGAUGUAGCGAAGGAUCUUGUCGAGUGGAUGAUUAAUGAAGAUCCAAACAACAGACCAACUGUGGAGCAAACCCUCGCACACCCCUUCUUCUGGACUGAUGACAGGAGAGUUGAGUAUUUGAAAAAACUGGGGAACCAGAAAGAGGUCGAGAACUGUCGUAAUGUUGAUGAGGAGCUCCUUCAAAAUGUAGAAAAAAACACAGAGGGGAAAAGCUUUUCUGAAUGGAAAACUAAAUUGCCAUCUGAGCUUGUCCAGAAACUGGAUGGUAAGAAGAAAGCCUAUCCUGAGAACACACUGGGCCUGCUCCGUUUUAUACGCAACCUACACGAGCAUUAUUCAGAAGACGCAGAGAGCAUCAACCUGAUGGCUUCAUUCCCUGAUCUGUUUGGGAGUGUGUUCAAGUUUGCCAAGGAGGGAGGAUGGAACUCCAGACCGAGUCUGAAAAAGUUUUUCAGCUCAGCUCCACAGAUCUGACUGUUGUCAAUUCUGGUUUCAGUAUGUACAGUGCCUUGUGAAAGUCCUGUAGGAGAAAAAAAUAAUAAUUCCGUGCCAACGGUUUUGCAGUCCGUCCCCUCAGUUUAUAAACCGGACUCAAAAAUUCUUAAACUGUUCCCUCGGUUUAACAAAUUUUGCCCACGGAUUAUUAAACUGUACCCAUGAAUUUCCAAUCUGUGCACUCAGAUUUUGUAAACCGUAUAUUAGGUUUUUGAAUCCGUACCCAUGAAUUCAUAAUCCAUGCGCAUGCUUUCGCAAUCCAUUCCCUUAGAUUUGUAAACUGUAUUCACGGAUUCAUGCAGCAAGCUCUAAAGUGGCCUAUAUGUGUUAACACAGUUUUAUUGAAUAUUGUGGAAUUGGCUUACAGCAAAGUGUCUUAAGUGAUUAUCAAUUUUACUACAAGGUGGAAUACAAAGAUUUAAUAAGAAAGAUGUGCAUCAAAAUCUUGUUUAAUUUGUGAUAAUUUUAGCACUUGAUUAUUAUUGUAUAAUAAACCUGGCAUUGUGACUGUC